CGUCGACUAAGGUAGGCGAGGCUGUGUUGGCCCUUCUAUCAUUGAGCAUUUACGAGAUAUACAAUAAUACGUUAGCCUUUGCUGUAUUAUUCUCAUCAACAAAAACGAGACUACUCGUUAACGACUAAGAAUUCAAAUCAAGAAGCACUCCAGCAAGAUGAGCAAACCUGGGUAAAACAACACAACAAAACUAAGAUGUCUAAACACCAUCAAGACCCCAUCAAAACAGAGUGUGGAACACAGUCAGAUGAUGUUGACUGCAAUAGAGAAGAACCAGACAUUAGCCAAUCACCCUACAUUACUAAAGGGGUAUGUAUCAGCUCCAUCUUCAUCAAAGAAGAACCAACAGACUUUGAGCAGCAGGGAAUGGGAGAGGAACCAAACCGUUCUGUUCCUUCCUUCCAGAAGAAGCACAUCAAACAUCAAAAUACAUCCAAUCCAAUGACCGGAUGUAGCCAGAUAUCAAGGAGUCCUGUGGUGACGCUAACAAGAUUGUCUAAUGUGGUGGUUAAGACUCUUCUGCGAGACACUAAAGUGUGUUUGGUGAAGGAGGAAAACCCAGACGAGACAGAUGGAGAAUUCAAACGAAGAAGCACUCUAGUCAACAAGAUGAAGAGCACACCUGGGGAAAAGCAACACAAUAAAACCAAGCGGACUAAACACCAUCCAGACCCCAUCAAAACAGAGUGUGGAACACAGUCAGAUGAUGUUGACUGCAAUAGAGAAGAACCAGACAUUAGCCAAUCACCCUACAUUACUAAAGGGGUUUGUAACAGCUCCAUCCUCAUCAAAGAGGAACCAACAGACUUUGAGCAGCAGGGAAUGGGAGAGGAACCAAACCGUUCUGUUCCUUCCUUCCAGAAGAAGCACAUCAAACAUCAAAAUACAUCCAAUCCAAUGACCGGAUGUAGCCAGAUAUCAAGGAGUCCUGUGGUGACGCUAACAAGAUUGUCUAAUGUGGUGGUUAAGACUCUUCUGCGAGACACUAAAGUGUGUUUGGUGAAGGAGGAAAACCCAGACGAGACAGAUGGAGUCUCUUCUCCUCAAUUUUUUCCUUGUCCACACUGCACCAUCUCCUUCACUGACUGUUACUUCCUGGAGAACCACAUAAAGACCAAACACCAGAAGCAGUACCUGGCUUUGUUCAAAAGCUAUGUCUCAACAAGUAAAACUGUGUAUGCCCCCACACACAGCUGUCCCCACUGUAGCUGCAUGUUCCAUACCUCACGACAGCUACACGUCCACACCCGUCAGGCCCACCCCUCUCCCUAUCUAAGGAAACUCCACCCCUGCCCCUAUUGUGAACGCAGCUUCCAGUACAUAGCCAGACUGCAUACUCACUGCAAGGUUUGGCACAAAAUGGCUGUUACUUUCAUCGAUGGAUACCUCAGUUGCGCUGACUGUGGAAAGAGCUUCAGGAAUUGCUGGGGACUGGGGCCUCACCAGUGUCACAAACCUGAGGACACUAAGCCUAAGGAUGGCCCUGUCUGUCUGAACAUCGGCAUGCCAUGCUCAGAGUGUGGCAAAAGCUGCUCUAGUCCUCAGAAUCUGCGCAUUCACAUGCGCACACACACCGGCGAGAAGCCUUACGUCUGCAAGGAGUGUGGCAAGAGCUUCUCAGAAGCCAGCAGUCAUUGUAAACACAUGAUGAUACACUCGGGGGUCAAGCCUUUCAAAUGCCAGGACUGCGGAAAGGAUUUUGCCCGGAUGUGGCACCUCCGAGUUCACAUGACCGUUCACUCUGGCGAGAAGCCUUUAUCCUGCCCCAAAUGUGACAGGCGGUUUGCAUACAGUUAUUCUUUGAAGCUUCACCUGCGCACACACUCAGGGGAGAGACCUUUCAAAUGUACUGUGUGUGGUAAAGACUUUGCGGACAACGGUUAUCUGAAGACACAUCUGAAGAUCCACAACAAUGAAAGGAACUACCAUUGUGGGGUUUGUGGGCUGAAGUUCAUAAACAGUGCUGCGUUGAAAACCCACCAGCGCGCACACACUGGGGAGAGGCCUUUCCAUUGCACAGUGUGUGACAAGACAUUUUUCCGACACGCACACCUGAAGAACCACCAGCGCACUCACACAGGUGAGAAACCAUACACCUGUACUGAGUGCAGCAAAAGCUUCACUCAGUCUGGAGAUCUCACAAAACACAUACGCACCCACACUGGAGAGAAGCCGUAUGAAUGUUCUGUCUGCCACGGCUGCUAUACCUCUUCAGGGGAUCUGGGCAAACACAUGAGGAUCCACAAUGGCUCACGUCCCUUUCCCUGCCAGGAGUGUGACAAAAGCUUCCGCAUGGUCGGUCACCUUAAAACUCACAUGAGGACCCACACUGGUGAGAGACCAUACUCCUGCCCCCGCUGCCAUCGUACUUUUGCUCGCGCCCACCACCUAUCUGGUCACCUGCCUAGAUGUUGCUGAAUGAUUAGAUUAUUUAUAUACAGUCAACUCUUUUACUCUUGUAGUUAUUUAAUAAAGAACAGUGAUGAUACAGAAGAUGGUUUUGUGCCCGACUUUGUUGUGUUAUUAACAAUAAAUGGUAAUGUCAAUAAAGGCCGCUAUAAUCUGUGAAAGAU